UGAAACUACCUUCUAUUUCUCAUCUAUUGAUUGAUUCACCACCUUCUCCUCCUCUCUAUUGUUCUAUACCCCCACUCCAAGGAAAUGAUCCACCACAAAGACUACGUUUGCCUUCUAGUCCAAUAAAACACUCAUUUCAAAAAUGGAAUUAUUCACCUCCCAUUAGCUCAGCUUCUUCUGUAUGUUCCAUACAAGAUCAUAUUCGUACAACACAGUCUGUUUCUCCAUUGCCCAGUUAUUUAGAUGAUGAAUUUGAUGAAUUACCCACAAAGAGGCAACGAUCUGUUUCUACAUCAGCCAUUCCAAACACACAGAUUGUGUUUGAUGCAGCAGGCGAACCCAAAUUAAAACGAAAGCGAGGCAGACCACCGGCUGUUCAAUUUGAUGGCAGCUGGACAUUUCUAACACCGACAGUUUGGGAUAUUCAUAUCUCUAAAGAACAACAAAAAGAAAAACAGUCUCAAUCCUCUUCUGAUACAGAAUCAGUCAUGCAUGAUUCUAUGGCUGCUUUUACUAACUCAAACAUGGACAUCAUGUUACAUAUGCCACGUAAAAAAAGAGGCAGAAAACCAAAAACACAUCUUGUUGGUAAUUCUUGUUUUGUUUGGAAAGACUUGACUUUAUCUAAAUCCAAGAAAUCUAAUGUUUAAAGCCAACCUUGACCUUCCCUUUCCUUCUUUUUCUUUUUUUCUUUUGUAUAUGUAUAUAUGACUUUUCAUCUUUUUUUUUUUAUGACUUUAUGCCUUCAUGCUGUACAUUGAUUUAAUAAAAUAAUAUACAAAUAUUUAUUAUUAUUAUUAUUAUUUCUUUCUAU